AAAAUGAGCGGACGAGGCAAAACCGGUGGAAAAGCCAGAGCCAAGGCAAAGUCCCGCUCUUCUCGCGCUGGACUCCAGUUCCCAGUGGGUCGUGUCCACAGGCUUCUGCGUAAAGGCAACUAUGCGCAGCGUGUGGGUGCCGGUGCCCCCGUCUACCUGGCUGCUGUGCUGGAGUAUCUGACCGCUGAGAUCCUGGAGUUGGCUGGAAACGCCGCCCGCGACAAUAAGAAGACCCGUAUCAUUCCCCGCCACCUGCAGCUGGCCGUACGCAACGACGAGGAGCUUAACAAGCUGCUUGGUGGAGUGACCAUCGCUCAGGGAGGUGUGCUGCCCAACAUCCAGGCUGUUCUGCUGCCCAAGAAGACUGAGAAGCCCGCCAAGGCCAAGUAAAGCUCUUGCUGUCAACCACAUACACAAAGGCUCUUUUAAGAGCCACACACUUAUUUCUGAUAAAGACACAGCUCCUCAUGUUUCCAGUGUAUCUAUGUAAAAUCAUUAGCUUCAUAAAUUGCAAAAACUGUGUAAAUGUUUUUCAAAUACUGGCAUAA